AUGGUGCAGAUUAAAGAGCAAUAUUUGGAUUGGUCGAGCUUUGAUUUAAGACAGCUUUGUAUAUCUAAAUUGUUACUAACACAAUCGCAUAUUAAUAUAGUAUUAAGAAAGAAAUAUAUCUGCAUGCACAUGAUAUUGCACAAUGUAAAUUUGUUAGACAAAUUUUAAGGGUACAAUUAAUUUUAUCAUUUCUGGCAGCAAUUUCAAAACAAUUCUACAUAUUUGAUUUAAGUGUGUUAGCAGUAUACAAUAAAAAGAUCAGAUUGAUUUGGAGACAAAGAUACUUUUGAAAAGAGGUACCAAAGACACUUUAUGAAUUGAAAAAUAAGGUUAACCAUUUUCAAGGACAAGGACGUAAGAAAGAAAGAGAUAUUGGAUAGUUUUUGGAGGGGAUAAAAUUUUUGGGAAGACUAUAAAUAUAUAAAUAUUGUGAAGUAGCAGAUAAAACAAGAUAUACAGCUUUAGGAUAUGAUUUAAUAUUUUUUGUAGAGUAUUUAGCACUUGAUUUGAUGAUGG